CUAUUAUAACUUAAAUGACAAAAUGACUUCGGUAAAAGAAUGGAUUGAAGAAAAGAUAAAGAAUGGGAAUAUCUGUUAUUUUGAAUAUUAUAAAUUUAGCCAAAUCAUCGAAAUUGGUAAAGGACGUUUCGGUAAAGUGAGUAAAGCAAAUUUGGCUAAUAAAGUAGUCGCACUAAAAAUUCUUAUCAGUAAUAAUUCAGAAGAGGAAUUUAAUGAUGUUAAUGAUGAGUUUGUCAAGGAGUUAAACCUUCUUCGCGAAGUUGAUCACCAAAACAUCAUACAUAUUCUGGGAAUAACAAAAGAUAUUGAGAAUUAUAUUUUGGUAUUGGAAUAUGCUAAUGAAGGAAAUUUAAAAGAAUACUUGGAAAAAAAAUUUACUUCCUUGACAUGGAAUAAUAAAAUUCAAAUGGCAUUAGAUAUUACUAGCGGAUUGAAAUUUUUACAUUCCAAAGAAAUAAUCCAUAGAGACUUGCACUCAAAAAAUAUAUUAGUGAAUAAUGGAAAAUUAUUAAUUGCAGACUUUGGAUUAUCUAAAAAGUUGUCAGAAGUUAAGACUAAUUCGAUAGCUAACGAAAUGGGGGUAUUUGCAUAUUGUGAACCACAAUGUUUUAAGAAUGUCAUAUAUAAAAAAGAUGAAAAGUCCGAUAUUUAUAGUUUAGGUGUUCUAUUAUGGGAAAUUUCAAGUGGAAGUCCUCCUUUUUCUGGCUGUAAACAAGAUAUACUUUACUAUCACAUUAAAGAUGAUCAAAGAGAAAAGCCAAUUAAGGGUACACCUCCAAAAUAUCAACAACUUUAUCAAGAAUGUUGGAAUAGUAAGCCAAAAUCGAGACCCAAUAUUGAAAAAGUAUAUGAAAUUUUAAGUAAACUAAGUAAACUAAAUAUUGAUCUACAUCCUAAUACUGUACCUGAUAUUGAUGUCGAUGAUACUAUACCUAAUACUGAUGUCGAUGAUAAUGACGACUUAGAUAUUCCUUCUGAUCACCCAAAUCUGAAUUUAUUAAGAAAAUUUUAUCAGGAUGGCGAACCAAAAUCGAGUCCCGAUAUUGAACAAGUAUAUGAAAUUUCAAAUGCAGCAGAUAAGCCCAAAUUGGAAAAAAAUAUCUAUACAGAUUGGUUAGAAAAUUCAAUUGCCGAAGAAUCUAUUACAUAUUAUAAAUAUUCAGAAUUUAAAAUAAUACGAAAUAUAGGAAAAGGUUCAUUUGGGAGCGUCGAUUAUGCUGUUUGGAAAAAUACUGAUCAAGUUUUUGCAUUAAAAUGUUUCAAUGAUAAGACAACUCUAAAAGAAAUUGUUAAUGAAAUAGAAUUACAAAAAAGAGUGGAUUUUCAUGAAAAUAUUUUACGAUUUCAUGGAAUCACAAAAAUAGAAAAAAAUAAUAUAAAUCAAGAAUAUGCAUUGGUUUUGAAAUAUGCUGAUAGUGAUACACUAAAUACUUAUUUACAGCGUAAUUUUGAUAAACUUGGAUGGGAUGAUAAAUACCAGUUUGCAUUGCAACUGGCAAGUGCGGUAGCGUGUAUACAUGAAUGUGAAAUUAUUCAUCGUGAUUUGCAUGCUAGCAAUGUAUUUGUACACCAGAAAAAGUUAAAACUGGCAGAUUUUGGAUUAUCAAGAAAUAUUGUUGCAUCAAGCAAUCUAAAAAUAUUUGGUUCGUUACCUUACAUUGAUCAAAAAAGGUUAAAAGGCCAGCAAAAUUAUAAAUUAAAUAAAAAGUCUGAUGUAUAUAGCGUUGGUGUUCUAAUGUGGCAAAUUUCAAGUGGAUUUCAACCAUAUAGAAAUGAUAAUUAUGACAUAGGAUUAGCCGUAUCAAUAGUAAAGGGAAGAAGAGAAGAAAUUAUUGAAGGAACACCUGCCAAAUAUAGUAAAUUAUAUACAGAAUGUUGGAAAUAUGAACCAAAUAAACGUCCAAAUAUGCAAGAUGUUGUUUCAAUUCUUAAAAAUGAAAAAUCGCAACAAAAAGACCAACGAUGGUUUGAUGAAACAUAUUCAAAAGGAAAAUUUAUAGAUAUUAUUGGUAACAAACGCUUCAAUUUUAAUAGUUAUUUAGAACUAAAAGGCUUUAAAUAUUUAGAAAGUAUUGAUUUGAAGAGUCUUAAAUUAAUUAAUUUGGAAAUAAGUAAUUGUCCUCAACUUAAUAUUACCAACUUGUCUGAACUUAGCAAACUUACAAGUUUAUCAGUGAAUGAUUGUCCAAAACUGACCACGCUUAAUUGUUCGUUGAUUAAUAAGUCAACUAGCUUAAAAAUAAGUAGUUUUCUUCAGCUCAAUAAUAUUACUAACUUAUACAAGUCUUCUAAACUUGAUAGUUUAUUCGUGAUUGAUUGUCCAAAACUUACUACGCUUGAUUAUUCAGCAAAUGAGUUAACUAGUUUAACUAUUUUUGGUUGUCCAAACAUAACAAAGCUUGAUUGUUCAUCAACUG